AUGAUAAUUAUUUCUUAUUGUUUAUUAUAUAUAGUUUUACUAUAUUUUACAUUAUUAUCUUUUGUAAAGAUAUCAUUAACAAAUGACAUUGAUGAAAUGUUUGCUAGGCAAAAAAUUUUACAAUCAAUCCUUGACCAUUUUCAAUUAAAGAAACCUUUACCAAUUGAUGUAUCAUCAAGUGUGAGGAAAAAAUAUGAAAAUCAUAUUGAUAAAAUUAAUGAACAUGAUGAAAAUAAAAAAUUUGUUACCUUUUUUGAUAUACCUUCAAAUAAAAUUAUGUUUCCAAUAAUAUUUUUUAAAAUACCAAAAAUUUUAAGAUCAUAUAUUUUUAAAGAAGGAUCUAUAAAAUUAGAUUAUUACUCAUAUACAGAUCAUGAUGAAGAAUUUUUUGGUAAUAUUUAUGUAACAACAAAAGAUAAUGAAAUAAUGGAAUGUAUUGGAAAUGUAACAUUUGAAAAAAAUUUACCAUUAAAUGGUACUAUUAAUAUACCGUUAAAUAUUAAUUUAUUAUCAAAAAUAAUUGAUUUAAAUGAAGAAAAUAUUGAAAUUUUUAUUAAAAUUCAUAAACAAAAUGUAACUUUUCCAUAUUUAUUAAAUUUUGCCUCCCUCAAAUUUCAUUCAAUUGAUACAAAAGAACGCAGUAAAAGAAAUGUAGAAAAUAUAUGUCAAUCAAAAUCUUCAGAAAAUUCAUGUUGUUUACGGUUAUUAAAAAUAAAUUUUGAUGAAAUUGGUUGGAACUUUAUUUUAAGUCCAAAAGAAAUUAAUACAAAUUAUUGUUAUGGAAAAUGCUAUAGUUACAAAUCAGAUUCAUUGGUUGGAGAUGCCAUUUACAGAUUAUACUCAAUAAGUAAAAAAGAACAUAAAAGAUGCUGUUAUCCUACACAAUUUAGAGAAUUAAAUAUUACAAUAUUUAAAGAAGGAUCAUUCAUUGAAACUAAAAUAAUAAAUGACAUACUGAUUAAAAAAUGCAGCUGCUAUUAA